ACUUCACAGAACUGUCAGAGGUGUUCAAUAGGAAAGUUGUCAGUCUGAGUUUUUUGUGACGAAAUUGUUUUGGUAAAUUUUACGAUAAUAAUUCGGCUAAUUCGAGGUUUACAACAAAACUGUAAACAUGGGGAAAGGCUUCAACAAUUACAUGUGCAAAAAGUUCUUCCAUCCCGCGUCUCGAGAUAAUUUGAAACGAGUAUGGAUGGCUGAACAGCAAGCUGAUGCCUACAAAAAGAAGCAAGAAGAGCUCCGAAACCAAUAUGAGAAGGAACAGGAUCUGCACGAUAACAAAGCGAUGCUCAGUCGGGAAAGCAAGGACAAGCUGAGCAUGAAUUUCAUGUACGAACCACCACCUGGCGUCCGUAAAGAACGCGAUAAGGAUGACAACGAACCAGAAUACAAAUUUGAAUGGCAACGCAAAUAUAAUGCCCCGCGUGAAAGUUACUGCAAAGGGGACACAGAGAUUCGCGACCAACCGUUUGGCAUUCAGGUGAGGAAUGUGCGUUGCAUUAAAUGUCAUAAAUGGGGGCACAUCAACACCGACAAAGAGUGCACUAUGUACAGCAUAUCGAUGAGCGAGGCACGAAAAAUUCAUUCGGAAGCUGAAGCCAAUCAAAUUAUGUCGAAAGGAGUGUUGGAGGAACAGAUGAAAGAGGAUGGUUUGGCGAUGAAAAAGGGGGCGAAAAGUUUACAGAGCUUCCAGUCGGGACGUUUGAAUCAACUGGUGCCGAGUGACGGUGAAUCGGACAAGGAAAUCAAUCCGGAAAAUGAAUUUCUCAAAAAUCUGACAAAAAAACAGAAGAAAAAACUCCUGAGGAAGCUACAGAAAAUCGAAAAAUUGAAGAAAAAGCAAAAGAAGAAGAGCAGAAAACGAUCGGCCUCAUCGUCGUCCUCAUCAUCGUCAUCGUCGAGUGACAGUGACGAAGAGCAUCGCAAGAAAACUGAAAAACGUUCGAGAACUGAAGACAGACCCAGCCGAAGAAAUCAAUCACCUGAAAGACGUGUUAGGGCAGACAGAUCAAGGUCUCGUGAAAAGCAACGUCAUCAUGACGAGACACCAAGGCGGGAGCGAUCGAGUCACAAUGGUCACCAUCGCCGAUGAAAUUAAGGAUAACGCGUUAACACUCAAUUGCUGCUACUCGACGAGUAGUAAUCGUUUUCAGAAAAUAAAAUCUAAAUUCACUAAGAUCUUGUGUGUAUCGUCAAGGCAGCUCUCUAGCAACCCAAUGCACAUUGUUUACAAAAUUUGGAAGCCAAAAUCGGACCGUGACCGCUUGCAAAUUAUGUUGGAAGUAUAUGUAAUGAAACAGUCCCAUUUUAGGCCUCCCAAUUUUAUAAGCAAUGUGUAUGCGGUAGAGCUGCCUUGGUAUCGUGGUUGUUGGCUUAAAUAAUUACCUAGAGGAUUUUCUUUGUACGAAUCAAGAAUGUUUGACUAAAGAAAUGUCUUCAAUAUUUUGUCUCCAGGCUCAGGCCGUCAUUCAAUUAUAAUGAUUUGUACAAACAAG